AUGUCAAGAAAAGCUCUUUUGUUUGCAACGUUUUUGGCAGAAGAUGAUGACAAAAUAGUUGAAGAUUUCGAAAUAGAGGAAGAAGAGUCUGAGUAUAAUUUUAAUUCAGAUGAAAAUUCACAAAUUGAUGAUGAGUUCGAUGAAAUUGAGCAUGAUGAAUUGACAUCUAGUGAUGUAGAAGGACAUGGUGUUUAUGAAUUUGAUUCUUCAAAAUUAGCGACAGAUUUGGUACAAGGGUGGGGUCAUGAAGAUUAUGAAAGUGUUAAUGAUAGUUUAAAUAGCAUAGCAAAUGAAGUAAGCGAAAAUAUUAGUGAAAAUGUAAAUAACAUAGAAGGUGAAGAUAGUGUUUUAGAAACUUUACCUAUAGCACUUCGUAAAACUUGUCGCCAAACAAAAAAUAGACCAAAUAUUGCUGUUUCAAAAAUUAUUGGAAUUUAUAAUUUUACUGAAAUCGUUCAUUCAAAUAUUUCUUCAUGUUCCGCUGAUUUUGAAAAUGACUUUGCUUUGGUUUCCAAUUCUAAAUCAAUACAAAAUAUUUUUGCUUAA